AGUGCAGUAAGAGAAAGUGAUCAAGAAUGUAGCCCUGUUCCACGAUACAAUGAUUUUUUGCCUCGUAGUAGAUGGGAUUUAUCAGCAUUUUUCACUUCUAGCAGCAUGUUGAAACGUCAGGUUAUGUACGAAGUGGGUCGAAACAGAGCAAAUGAAGCAAGUAGCAGCACCAAUAUAGUAGAAGAAGGCGGAAGGAAGUAAAUCAAGCUUGGUCUACGCAUGUGUAAAAACAUGUCUGUUUCCAGUUGAUUCGUAAUACUGAUAAUAAAUAGAGUUCGUUGGGGACUGUGUCUGGUAUCCAUUCCUGAGUAGGAGGCAUUUCUACCGCCACCCAUUGAGUAAGGUGCCCCAGCAAAAAGUCCCGAAUUGAGGGUUUAUAAGCCACGAACAGAAAUAUAAAUAGUUCUCGUAUGUCCUCCAAAGUUGAAUUCAUCUUGUAUACAUCAUUACCAGAGUUCAAACCCCGAAUAUCUUUUCUUUCUCAAUCACGAUGUCCCGAUACGCAGAAGCUCAUCUCAAUCCCAAUGGCCCUGGAGAUGCUCGUCCAACAGCUAUUCAAAUUAUCAAAGACGAAGGGGUGGAGGGCAAGCUAGCUGGGAAAGUUAUUGUCAUCACAGGCACUUCCGCUGGAAUAGGGAUCGAGACAGCACGUGCUCUGUCUUUAACAGGCGCAAAGCUGUUGUUGACGGCACGAGACUUGAACAAAGCCAAGACUGCUUUGAAUGGUAUCCUCGUACCAGGACGAGUAGAACUUGUCAAGAUGGACAACAAUUCCCUGAGCAGUGUACGUGCCGCCGCAAAAGACAUUCUCCAGAAGUCGAACGACCAAGUCAACAUCCUUAUCAACAACGCCGGGAUCAUGGCUUUGCCCAAGCUGGAGCUCACGGAAGACGGCUUUGAAAAGCAAUUUGGAGUCGACCAUCUCGCUCAUUUCCUCCUCUUUGAGCUCUUGAAGCCAGCUCUCCUCGCCAGCGCCAGCCCUGAAUUCUCAUCUCGAGUCGUUAAUCUCUCUUCUUCUGCUCACCACGUAGCACCGGUCAAUGGAUCAGGCAACUACAAUUUUGAGAAGACUGAAUACGGUGAAUGGGUUGCAUAUGGGCAAGCAAAAACUGCCAAUAUCUACAUGGCCAACGAAAUCGAGCGGCGCUACGGAUCGCGAGGGCUUCAUGCUACAAGUCUUCAUCCCGGGGCGAUUGCCGCAACGGGGAUCCUGCAGUAUAUGGAUCCUGCAAUGCAGAAACAAUUGACAAAAGAUGAAAAGUCGUUCAAAAUAAUCAAGACGGCAGAACAGGGUGCUGCAACGACGGUGUGGGCUGCCAUUGGACAAGAAUGGGAAAAUAAGGGUGGAGAAUAUCUUGCCGAGUGUGGAAAGACAACCCGUGGGAAUGACAAUCACGAGAUUGUGGGAGUAGGGUUUGCAGGGCAUGCUUACGAUCCUAAGGCUGAGGCUCGACUUUGGAAGGAUUCGUUGAUAAUGGUGGGUUUGGCAGACGAUCAAUAAAUCAAAAGGGAUUCUUCCCUCUUGAUUCAGGAACAUCGGCCAACAAUUUUUCUCUUAACGUCAUUCAUUGAUUAUUAAAUCUGCUGUACUCUAACUAUUUGUUUGUUUUAAAUUCUGUGAUCCCAUUCACCUCAAUAAUCUCUGUUGCUUAUAUCAC